UUCAGUUUAUUAUUUUGGUGGCGUGGUGAUUUUAAGUAGGUACCUAAUGGCUAAUAAUCAUAACUGAAAAUGCCCAAAUCCAAAACAAAAAAAGGUAUUGUUAAUAUGACGUUUUAARUACGGAUUUACGGUGAUGAUUGAGAAAAAUGGAUAUCAUUUACUUCGGCGGGUGAUUUGUCACACGACGGUUUUGAGUGAUGAUGCGUCAGUUCAAAUGACAAACCAAUCGAUUUCUUGCGUGCUUAGAUAAACUCGGUAAAACGCGUGAAACUACUGAAACUCGGAUUCAAUAGGUCGUUUUCAAAUUGAAGGUGUAACGAUUAUGGAAGUUUCUCUGACGAUGUUGCCUCGUUGAUAGCCAAAGACGAGAAACCACAUCAUACUAUUCGAAUGGAAAAGGUCAUCACCAUUGGUGGUGGAGUUAUGAAUGGUCGAAGUGUAACGGUACAGAAUUACACAGUAAAUGUGGCGUCUCUGCACACAUUGCACUUCGGUCGAUCGGUGGAUGCGGCACUCCCUGUCGCGAUCACUGGGGCAGUGGCCAAAAAACGUAGUAUAUUUCUAGCCCCCCUCUCUACGCCUACCAGGAAUCGUGCGCCGAGGGGUCGUGUACCGCGACAUCGGUCGCCGUUAAUUAUUCGGCCACCGCGGAGUCCGUCGUCACGGACCCGUGCCCACCACCGCAGUCGUUCCGAACGGUGUCGGUUGCUGGAGACCACCGGCAGUUUGCAAACGCCGUGGCAAUCGGCACCAGUUGUACGAGACGCCACCGUGGCUUCAGUGGCCACCACUCACCUCGAUGAGACAACGUUUGACAUUAAUGACCCCCCCCCUGUUUCCAGCUACGGAAAGAUUAUUAUGUUGGAUGAAGACCUAAAUAAGGUCAUGGACAAUUUUUUGUCGGCCAAGGAAGAAACACUGUAAAUUGUCAAUUGGAGAAUAUAAAUCAUA